UUUCAGAAAACAAAUUAACUAGACGCGAAACACUUUUACAAGUCCCGAAACAAAUUUACAAGUGGCGAAACAAAUUUACAAACGACAUUAGCCGGAAAGGGAAUGUACCAAUUCCAAAGUUGACGCGGAAGUGAUAACGGAAGCGCUCAAUUUGAGUUGAUGGCGGUUGAUGGAGUUCAUGGUGACCCAAAAUGGACAGCGAUAGAGUGGUGUUUUGCCCGUUUUGUGGCAAACAUAUGAGCCAAUUAACUAGAUUUUGUUUUUCGUGUGGUCGGUCUUUGGAGUUUUUAAAUGGCGCAGACCAGACAGAAGGACCAAACACACAGGGGACAUCUCAACAGCCGGAUAAUGCUAAACAAACAGAAAAACCUUGCACAUCAUACAAACAGUUCAUGGAGUACAGAAGUGCAAAGUCCAAAGAGCGUCAGUCUUUUAACUACGGGCCGAGAGGAAGACAUCGGGCUAAAGAACGAAAACACGUCCAGAUAAACAUUGGAUUGAUGGUGCCAAAUGGAACUGAUUUAAAACCUCUAAGAGGGAAAACACUCCCGUUAUUUGUAGACCCAGAGGUAGCAGCACCUGAUGUACUGAAACAAGCUGUCCAGAAAAUGAAAACAUUUAACAAGGACAUGCCAGAAGGACCGUACAUCCUUUUGUAUCCAGACUGCUCAGAGGUGGUCCAUGUGCCUGGAUCAGAAAGGCCAUUCAAAUUGGCAGAAUAUAAAAAGGAACUAGGAAGGCCAUAUUGCAGGAUCACAUUUUUCAUUUGCCUAGAAACACAUUUUAAAGGAGGAGCAACGGAUAAUACUUCAGACUCUGAUUCUGAACAUGUCAUCGCAUCAAGGAGCACAGCUGAAUUCAAUCGAGCUGACACAGUGGUUUUUGAACCACAAAACCGAUGUACUCCCAAACUCAAACCUAAAGAUGAAAGAGAUGCACCGGGACAUUCAGCAACAAUUCGGCCUGGACAGAUAGUAAUAUCUGAUGCUGAGGAUAUGGAUCCAUCUGAAACAAAUCCAGACAAGACUUGCUACAGUAAAUACACGGACCUGUAUGCACCAGGUGUUGAGGAAGAGGAUGAGGAGCUGGUUGCAGUCAAUGUGGAGAAUUUCCAACACACGGCAGUGGAGGAGAUGGACAUUACACUACCUGACAUUGUAGCAAACCUGGCACUUCCUAUUGAUCACAAAAGAGUCAGCAGGUUCAACAUCUCAAGGGCUAAUGUUUGGGAUGGAGCCGUCAGAGGUUUCAAGCGUACAACAUAUUCUGAAACCUGUGACAUGCUGGUCAGAUUUACUGAUGAUGCUGGUAUUUUUGAGGAGGGAAUUGACACUGGUGGUCCAAGACGAGAAUUUUUAUCUCUGCUAAUGAAACACCUGAAAGACCGGCCCAUUUUUGAUGGACCAGAAGGACAUCGGUUCUUGGUCUACAAUGCAAAUGAUUGAGAAUGCUGCUUCAUUGGAUGCUCUGCAAGAAUGUAUCAUGAGACACAGCACAAUGUUACAGACAGCAGGCUGUCU